GCUUGGGCGGACAAAGGGGGGCGCCGGGGGCGGCUGCAGCCGGGUCUCUUGAAGAGGCAAGAAUUGAAAUAUUUUUGGCACAAUUUCCCACUAAAACUGGAGAAGGUGUUUUACAAUAGUGAUUUUCAUGGAUCUCAAUAGUGCCAGCACUAUUGUUCUGCAAGUCUUGACCCAAGCUACCAGUCAAGAUACUGCUGUACUGAAACCAGCUGAGGAACAAUUGAAGCAGUGGGAGACACAGCCAGGCUUCUAUUCAGUUUUGUUGAAUAUCUUCACAAAUCAUUCACUUGAUGUAAAUGUCAGAUGGUUAGCUGUGCUGUACUUCAAAAAUGGAAUUGAUCGCUAUUGGAGACGUGUAGCGCCACAUGCUCUUUCAGAAGAGGAAAAAUCUUCAUUGCGUGCUGGGCUCAUCACAAACUUCAACGAGCCAGUGAAUCAGAUAGCUACUCAAAUCUCUGUGCUGAUUGCUAAAGUUGCGAGAUUGGACUGUCCUAGGCAGUGGCCAGAACUUAUUCCCACUCUUCUAGAAUCUGUGAAAGUUCAAGAUGAUCUUCGGCAACACAGAGCAUUAUUGACCUUCUAUCAUGUUACUAAGACACUGGCAUCCAAACGACUUGCUGCAGAUAGGAAACUUUUUUAUGAUUUAGCAUCUGGAAUUUAUAGCUUUGCAUGUUCCCUGUGGAAUCACCACACAGAUACAUUCCUACAACAGAUCUGUACUGGAGAUGAAACUGCAGCAACUAAUUCAUUAGAAAGAACUCUGCUGUCAUUGAAAGUUCUUCGGAAAUUGACAGUUCAUGGCUUUGUGGAACCUCAUCGAAAUGCGGAAGUGAUGGGAUUUCUGCUUGGUGUAUUUGAACGACUAAGACAAUUUCUGGAGUGUAGCAGACGUAUAGGAACAGAAAAGCUAUGCAGAGAUCGUCUAGAAAAGACUAUUAUUCUGUUCACUAAAGUGCUUUUGGACUUCUUGGACCAACAUCCUUUUUCAUUCACCCCUCUGAUUCAGAGAUCAUUGGAGUUUGCUGUAAGCUAUGUUUUCACAGAGGCUGGUGAAGGAGUUGUAUUUGAGCGUUUCAUUGUCCAGUGUAUGAAUCUCAUUAAGAUGAUUGUAAAAAACUAUGCGUACAAGCCAUCAAAAAAUUUUGAAGAUAGCAGCCCUGAAACUCUUGAAGCACAUAAGAUUAAGACAUCAUUCUUCACGUACCCUACCUUGACAGAGAUAUGCAGGAGAUUAGUUAGUCAGUACUUCCUGCUGGCAGAGGAAGAGUUGACAAUGUGGGAAGAGGAUCCGGAAGGCUUUACUGUAGAAGAAACAGGAGGAGAUUCUUGGAAAUACAGUCUUCGACCUUGCACAGAAGUUCUUUUUAUUGAUAUAUUCCAUGAGUAUAAUCAGACUCUUACUCCUGUUCUUUUAGAAAUGGUUCACAGUCUACAAGGACCUACAAAUGUGGAAGAUUCCAGUGCUAUACUGAUUAAAGAUGCUGUAUAUAAUGCAGUUGGACUGGCAGCAUAUGAGCUGUUUGACAGUGUGGAUUUUGAUCAGUGGUUUAAGAGUCAGCUACUAGCAGAACUACAGGUCUCUCAUAACAGGUAUAAGCCAAUACGGCGACGUGUCAUUUGGCUUAUCGGACAAUGGAUUUCUGUAAAAUUCAAGUCUGAUUUGAGGCCUAUGUUGUAUGAGGCAAUUCGUAACUUGCUUCAAGAUCAGGACUUAGUGGUCCGUAUUGAGACAGCUACAACUCUGAAGUUAACUGUAGAUGAUUUUGAGUUCAGAACUGACCAGUUCUUGCCGUAUCUGGAAUCCAUGUUUACUCUGCUCUUUCAGCUACUUCAGGAAGUUACAGAAUGUGACACAAAGAUGCAUGUUCUUCAUGUUCUUUCUUGUGUGAUUGAAAGAGUCAAUAUGCAGAUUCGACCAUAUGUGGGAUGUUUGGUUCAGUAUUUACCUCUCCUUUGGAAACAGAGUGAAGAGCAUAACAUGCUUAGAUGUGCCAUUUUAACUACCCUAAUUCAUCUGGUUCAGGGGCUGGGAACAGACAGCAAGAAUCUCUAUCCUUUCUUACUUCCUGUUAUUCAACUAAGUACGGAUGUUUCUCAGCCUCCACAUGUUUAUCUUUUGGAAGAUGGUUUAGAAUUAUGGUUAGUGACACUGGAGAAUAGCCCAUGCCUUACUCCAGAACUACUGAGGAUCUUUCAGAACAUGUCUGCCCUUCUUGAGCUAAGUUCAGAAAACCUCAGAACCUGCUUUAAGAUCAUCAAUGCCUACAUUUUUUUAUCCUCUCCUGAAUUUCUACAGAUGUAUGCAACUGACCUGUGCCAGUCAUUCUGUGACCUCUUAAAAGAUAUAACUACUGAAGGUCAAGUUCAAGUGCUAAAGGUUGUGGAAAAUGUCCUAAAAGUAAACCCAGUGUUGGGACCUCAGAUGUUUCAACCACUUUUACCAUCUGUGUUCAGGGGGAUAAUAGAUGGAGAGAGGUAUCCAGUGGUGAUGUCUACUUACUUGGGAGUCAUAGGUAGAGUUCUUCUCCAGAAUACAAGUUUUUUUUCACUGCUUCUGAACCAGAUGGCAUGCGAGUUGGGACAGAAGGUGGACCAACUUCUUGGUAACAUGAUUGAAAUGUGGGUUGACCGUAUAGAUAAUAUUACUCAGCCAGAAAGAAGAAAACUUUCUGCUUUGGCAUUGCUUUCACUUCUGCCAUCAGAGAACAGCGUUGUUCAAGAUAAAUUUUGUGGUAUCAUUAAUGUCUCAGUGGAAGGGCUACAUGAUGUUAUGACUGAAGAUCCUGAAACAGGAACUUACAAAGACUGUAUGUUGAUGUCUCAUUUUGAAGAACCCAAAGUAACAGAAGAUGAGGAACCUCCUACAGAACAGGACAAAAGGAAGAAGACACUCGCCCUGAAGGACCCAGUACAUACGGUGUCACUACAGCAGUUUGUCUAUGAGAAGCUAAAGGCACAACAGGAAUUACUGGGAGAACAAGGUUUUCAGGCACUUAUGGAAACUGUGGAUACAGAAAUAGUUGCACAACUACAAGGAUUUUUACAAGGCUUCUAAAGAACCAGAAACAAGUUUUUGUAUGUCUCACUUUCCCUUUCAAAAAUAUACCGGUAUAUAUAAAUUUAAAAAGAAAGAAAUCUAGCCUUCCAACUUAUCUGCAAGCAUCUGCUUAACAGCUGAUAGUAACUGGUAUGAAAAAAAUAAAGAGCAAAUCAGAGACCAUGAAACUUUUUUUUCUUCCUCACUGAAGUUUUGAAAGAAUAAAUGGUAAAUUGGCUCUUAACUAAAGUUUACAAACCUGUUUCAUAAGAGAAUAUAAUUUUAUAUAUAUGAGGAAAGAUGAUUUGCAUGAGUUGACAUGUUAAGUGACAACAAACUGUUUAAUUUACUAUUAGAAAAAUGAUUUUGAUUAUCUUAAUUGUGUGCUGUUUAACAUUUUGAGAAAAAGUAAAGGCUGAUGUUGGAAAUAUUUUUGUGCAAUGAUGACAUCUCAGUUUGGUUGCCUUACACUUUUUAAUUGUUAAUGAAACCAUAAUAAAAUAAGUCUGCAUAGCCAUUUAAAUAGCAGAACUGUGACAGCAGGAAAUUAAGACAUUAAGUCUUUAAUCAAAUUUUAAUAUUAUAUAUUAUGUACACCCAUGUACAGAUAUAUUCCUAAGAUUUUCAUGCUUAGGGAGAUAAAAACAGUUUUUCAUUUGAGAAGAAAACAAAUUAAUCAACCCAGGAUGUUAUUUCAUAUGUUAUUCAUGAUGCUGAUCCACAUAUUAAGAAGGUUGUUAGAAAAGGGAUAUUGCCUCAUUUUAUUUUCUGCAAUCAUGUUUUCUACUUAAAUAAGUAGUUCAAGAGCCCAGUGAUGUAGUGGCAACACACUUCUCUAGUAUGUUGGAGACCUAACUUUGCUUUCUAAUAGAGGUACACCAAUAUAUCAGUUGCCUAUUGGAUCAGCACCAAUAGAAGGGGAAAUUACUAUUGGCUAUUGGGUUUUUUUGGCCGUUGUAGCUGAUAAUGUUUACCAAUAAUUAUGCUUUCUGGCCAGGACCGUGGACACCUGGGUUCCCUCUUCCUUAUGGGGUCAGGGUCCCCAGAUGCCUGGGUUCCCUCAGGAAAUGAUGGAUUUCCCCUUGCAGGCAGGCAGCAUUCUAGCCUGCAAGGGGUCUGCUUGGGGCUGCUGGGAGCAAGAUGUAGGGGACACCGCAUGCAUAUGCGCAGCUACAUGUAUGCACAUGGCCAGGAUCACAGUCAAGUAGUAUGGAGAGCAGCUCCCUGCAGGGAAAUCUUAUGGAGGGGAAGGGACAUGGGGGAGGGAAGGGGCAAGAUUUGUGUGCAGGGUGGAUUCAGGCUGCUCACUGUGGGCUUGGGGUUCUCCAUUGUAUUUACUUUGGGAGCCUUGCACCAGCCAUAUACCCCUUGCCUGCCUGGCAGCAGUGGGGGCGGCCAGGCAGGCAUGGCCAGCACAGUUCUCCCAGGGCAAAGGCAGCAGAGUGGAGAGCCCCAACCCUGCAGCAGGCAACCCACAUCUGCCAUCAC